GUAAUGCAGGACGAUGUAGAAACCGGAUGUGACGUAUGAGUUGUGUUUUUGUAGCUGAGAGGAAGAAAAUAUGGGCGGGUCCAUGAGCGGUGCUUAUAAGCGCUCAUAACUUAAUGUGACCGUAAAUGCUUCUGAAACCAAAUCCCUGGUUAUAACAUACUGUCACAUCGACUAAAUCUGAGGUAAAUAUUCACCCAGGUGCAUGCUGGGAUUGCAGGCUCUGUUUGGCAUUGGCCUCCUUGUGACAUCGCGGGGAGCCGCUGUCUUCGCACACAGAGCAGUACGCAUACAUGUGUGUGAACACGCCUACACAGCUCGGUUCACUAGGCAGGCCUGCAGCAUGGCCCAGUCCGUCAGGUACCUCGGUCAGGAGGAAGCUCAGAAGAUCGACGAGGAGCUUUUCUCUGAGUACAGUUUCAGUGUGGAUCAGCUGAUGGAACUCGCCGGACUCAGCUGUGCUACGGCUGUUACAAAGGCAUAUCCUCUGCAGUCUCUGCUGAAACUCCCUCCCCGUGUGUUAGUGAUUUGUGGUCCAGGGAAUAACGGAGGUGACGGUCUGGUCUGCGCUCGCCAUCUCAAACUGUUUGGAUAUGAACCUGAUGUUCUGUACCCGAAACGACCAAACAAACAACUUUUCCAGAAUUUAACCACUCAGUGUGAGAAGAUGGAGAUUUCCUUCUUGUCUGAGAUGCCAGAGGCCGAUGAGGUGGAUGAGGUUUAUAACGUGGUGAUCGACGCCAUCUUCGGUUUCAGUUUUAAAGGGGCAGUGCGUGAACCGUUCGCUGCUGUGUUAUCCACUCUGAAGAAGAUCAGCGCUCCCAUCGCCAGCGUCGACAUCCCCUCAGGUUGGGAUGUGGAGAACGGAGCGUCUGAUGGGAUCCAGCCCGAUCUGCUAGUCUCUCUCACCGCUCCGAAGAAAGCUGCAUCUCAGUUUCAGGGCCGUUAUCACUACCUGGGUGGGCGAUUUGUUCCUCCGGCUCUGGACAGGAAGUACAACUUGAACCUGCCGCAGUAUCCCGGGACGGAGUGUGUGCUCCGACUCAACUGAGUCCAGAGAGAGCAGUGUUGAUUAGCGGUGUUAAUCACUCUGAGCACUCAGAACACUUUUCUCUUUAAAACGUACACCGUGCGUCAUCACUAACAGUCUGUGGAAAAUAUUAAAUAAAUAUAUUUCCUAAUGUCUGAAUGCCAUUAAACAUUAUGGCCUGGCCUAAA